AUGGCUCGGUGGAAGACCAUACUUUUAUUAUUGCUAAUUCAAACUCCAUCAGUUUCCGUUACCAACGAUAAUUUCGACUCAACGCCAUCUCGUUCCUCACAAUUCAGACAAUGGGAGAAUAAGCAGCUUCUGGGAUACGCUUUCAAACGGUUUGACUCUCCAAGUUUAAUAUCGUGCGGUCAACAGUGUCUGAGAAACCAACGUUGCUCUUCAACAAACUUCAAGUGGUCCUCCUCUAAGAAGGACGGCGAAGGAACAUGUGAGCUGAACGACCACGAGCUUUCCUUUGUUGAGGAAAAUGUUAACUUCGUCCAUCAGGAAGAUGCAACGUUUUCCAUGAAGGUCUGCCCACUUGAUUGGAUUGUUUUUGGACGCUCGUGUUAUCUCCUUUUCGACACCCCUACCCCGAAUUGGAGCGAUGCCCAGAGUAUCUGUCAGACUCAUGGGGCACACCUACCCAUUAUCAGAUCUUCCGAUGAAAACAACUUUAUGUUUCGUCUAGCUCUGAGCCAGCCAAACGGUAAAGUCAGCGGUACAUGGCUUGGACUUACACGGAGAAAACCCAAAGGUGCCUUCUACUGGGUUGAUGAUACACCUUUAGCGGGGCAAUUCUCUGCGUGGGCGGCUGGGGAACCGAAUAAUUAUAGAAACGAAGAGGACUGUGUAAACAUAUUUUUCCAAGGAAGUCAACAGGGAAAGUGGAAUGACUGUCGAUGUACGUGUGCGUUCCCUGCUCCACACGGGCCUGUGGUUCUUUGUCAGAAGGAAGUCAAGUGA